AUGAAACUCUCCACUCUUCUCCAACUCUCUCUUCUCAGCCUGGUAUCCGGCUCCAGUCAUGAGAACUUCCACCGCAGAACUUCCUCGUGCGACCCAUCAACCCUCAACACAACUGUCGGAACCUACAAUGUGAAGGAGAAUGAAACCAUCUCAGAGAUUUCUCGCAUAACCAACCGCGGAAUUUGCGACAUUUCUCGAAUGAACCGGAUGGCAGAUGCUAUGAUUCCUCUUUACGCAGAUGAGGAACUUCUCAUUCCGCCCGAAUCCUGCCAGCCUGAUAACUCGACAUGUCUGAUCGUUCACAAACCUGGUGCCACGUAUUCCAACUGUGUUAAGGGCGGCCCUCAUACCUACUACACUAUCAAAGGGGAUACACUUCGAUACAUCGCCCUGAAACUCAACCUUACAUUAGAGGCUCUUCAGUCGACUGCUCGGGACGAUGGGACUGGUGUUGACGCAAUGUUUGAGGUCGGCCAGUUCGUUAAGCUUCCGCAAUGCAGUCCGAGUACUUGCUCUUUUCAUCCGAUGACAUUCACCUACGGGACUUAUAAAGAUAUUGCGGAGAAAACGGGUGCGACGGUUGGUCAGAUUAUGGCUGUUAAUCCCACGUAUAAUCAUACCUCUGUUGCUAAGGGAGAGGGUGCUGUUAUUACUGUGCCGGGUAGCUGUGAGUACACCGGUUCGAACAUCACUAUUAUAUCCUGA